AGAGCUGGUGGAGCCCGUGGCCCUGAGCUGGGCAGAACGCACUCAUUAAAACCACUUUCCCAAGUACACAUCAGCUUAAAGCCCAGCGUAUGCCUGUGUGUGAGAGUGGAAACACUGCAAUAGAGUUGGAGAUUAAACAGUGUUACCAGAGGAAGAAACUGGAAGUCUACUGACACCCUCAACAUGUGGGAUAUCCAUCGGACCUUACAUGACUAGGACACUUCUUCAGCUGUUUGUCUUGAAGGUGACAUUCAACUUGCACGGAACUUACCUUCAUCACGAUCAUCCAACACAGAAUUCAAGACCUGCGAAAACAAGGUGACUGCUGAUUGACAUAAACAACAGCCAUGAUUUGAACUUCCCUUCAAAUCUCUCUACAUUUGGUUGGAAAGAUUUAGCAAUUUUUUAAAAAGAGCUAAAAGUACUGCAAAGGAAAGAAAAAGGAAGAACAUCUUCUUUUUUUGGGGGUGUAAUCGGAUCCCACACACUCUGCAGUAAUUAUAAAGCAGCGCUGGGAAGCAGCAAAGGAGAUUUGUCAUUAAGGCUGCCUAAAUAAAGAGGCAGGCGAAGGGCGAGGUUUGUGGAUUCCUCCGAACACUUCAUCCAGAUCCACCCAGAGCUGCUCAUGGACCCCCAGGGAGGCCACUAUCUGAACAAGUCGGCGGUGCUGUCAUGCCUCGGAGCUGCCCGAAUGUGCCAGCUACUCCUGGGCUGCACCACUAUGUCCCUAGUAGCCCACAGUGCAGGCUUCAGCGCAACCUAUGGCACUUUCUGCAUGUUCGUCUGGUGCUUCUGCUUUGCGGUCACUCUUCUAGUCUUUACCCUGGAUGUCACGAGGUUACAUGGGUGUAUGCCUAUCUCCUGGGACAACUUCACUGUGGCCUUCGCCAUGCUGGCGACUCUCAUGUACGUCACGGCUUCAGUUGUGUACCCGGUGUACUUCCUGAGGUCUGACUGCCCGUCGCAGGGCUGCGAGGUGCGAAACUAUCGCAUCGCCGUCACCGUCUGCUCUAGCAUCUGCUGCUUUGCCUACGGAGCUGAGGUGUUCAUCACACGGGCCAAACCGGGACAUGUGGUUGGAUAUAUGGCCACCAUUUCAGGCCUGCUCAAGGUAGUCCAAGCCUUCAUCGCCUGCAUCAUCUUUGGUGCUCUGCACAAUGACAGCCAAUACAACCGGCACAUCCCUACGCAGUAUUGCGUGGUGGUCUACAGCUUGUGCUUCGCCGUGACCGUAGUGGUGGUGGCACUCACCGUCUCAGGAAGAACGUCUUCCCUGCGCUUCCCUUUUGACAGAUUUGUGGUCAUCUACACCUUUUUGGCAGUGCUGCUGUAUUUGAGUGCUGCCGUAAUCUGGCCGGUUUUCAGUUUCGAUAAGAAGUAUGGAGCGCCGGGGAGGCCGGACGACUGUCCUAAAGGAAAGUGUCCAUGGGACAGCAAGCUGGUGAUCGCAGUGUUUACUUGUGCCAACCUGGUGCUGUACUUCACUGAUCUGGUCUACUCGCAAAGAAUACGAUUCGUUUUGAGUUCUGCAGCAUGAAGACAUCUUGUUUUUGAUGUGGUUGGACAUAUACUGGAGUACUGGAAAUGAGGCAGGGAGAGCCUAAAAUAUACAGUGGUGUGCGCUAGUGUAUUUGUAGGUGUAGUUCAACCCAAAAUGAGUACUCACCCUUGAGUCGUUCCAAACCUUGAGUUUCUUUCUUUAGUUAAACACAAAAGAGGAUACUUUGAUAAAAGCUUUAAUUCUGUAACUACUGACUUUACGUAGUAGGAAAAACAGAUAUUAUGGAAGACAAUGGGUUAUGUGUUUCAAGCUUUAUUUAAAAUAGCUUAAAAGAUUUAAAGAAAGAAACUUAUACAGGUUUGGAACAAGUCAAGGUUGAGUAAAUGAUGACAGAAUUUUAAUUUUUGGGUGAACUGACUGAAAUGUUUUCGAUCAUGUUGAUUAGAUUGAAAAGUUUUUGGACUUUCUAACUGCAGGGUUGCCAUUUUUUAUGUUUUGUUGUGUAAUGAAGUUGUUACUUUGCUUACUAAAAUGAAAUCUAAAGAAGUGAUUUUGGAUUUUGUGUAUAAAAUUUGCACAAAACUGACCUCUUUGACAGUUUUGACACAAAAGGAAAAUUUCUGUCAUUAUUUACUCACCUCAUAAUGUUCCAAAUGUGACCCUGGACCACCAGUUAAAAGUCUUUUUUUUACAUCACAUGAAAGAUAUUUGAUGAAUGCUUACUUUAGAUGUAUCAAAACUCAAUUUUUGAUUAGUAAUAUGCAUUGCUAUUUAUUCUGGACAACUUUACAGGCAAAUUUCCUAAUAUAUAGAUUUUUUUAUGAUGUACAGUUAAAAUUAGAAUAAUUAGCCUCCCUGAAUUAUUAGCCUCCUGUUUAUUUUCCCCAAUUUCUGUUUAAUGGAGAGAAGAUCUUUUCAACA